UGCUCCAGGGUCCGGUUUGGGGUUGUGCUGAUCCGGUGUGUGCCAGCCUGUUUUCUGUCCGGCAGAAUGGCGAUUUAAAUUCAGUCCUAAACUGCAUUUCAGUGUGGAAAGCCAGGAGGCGGGAGAAGGUUACAGAUUUCGGUGACCCCUUUGGAAUUACACACCUGUCACACCUCGCAUCCCCGAGCUGCAGGUGUGUCGGAGGGUGACACAUUUAACAAAAUCGCUGGGAAGUGCUCGCAUCCGUGGCAGAAAGUGCUGUCGGGGGUGUAGGAGGUGUGGUUCGGACCUGGGAGUUUCUGCCUCAGCUCUCGAACUGCCCUCAUCAGCAAAGUGAACACUGAUGCCUGGAGUAGCAGAUUGUGCAUAAGCAGACAUCCUCUUCAUCUGCAGCUGCUGCAGGAAGUCAGCUGCAUUGUCUCUGGUGUAGCUGCAAGAAUGACUUGACUGAUUUGCAUUCAUGGCUCUUGGAUGAUCUGGUGAACCAUGGAGCUCAAAGUAUGGGUGGAUGGAGUGCAGAGAAUUGUGUGUGGGGUCACCGAAGUCACAACAUGCCAGGAAGUUGUGAUAGCCCUUGCUCAGGCUAUUGGCCGCACCGGGCGCUACACGCUGAUCGAGAAGUGGCGGGACACGGAGCGGCACCUGGCGCCGCACGAGAACCCCAUCGUGUCCCUCAACAAGUGGGGACAGUAUGCCAGCGACGUGCAGCUGAUCCUGCGGCGCACCGGGCCCUCCCUGAGUGAGCGGCCCACGUCGGACAGCGUGGCGCGCAUCCCCGAGAGGACUCUGUACCGGCAGAGCUUGCCGCCCCUGGCCAAGCUGAGGCCGCCCGGGGACAAGGCCAUGAAGAGGAGGGAGCCGAAAAGGAAAUCCCUCACCUUCACCGGCGGCGCCAAGGGGCUGAUGGACAUCUUCGGGAAGAGCAAGGAAUCGGAGUUCAAGCAAAAGGUGCUCAACAACUGUAAAACAACGGCGGACGAGUUGAAGAAACUGAUCCACCUGCAGACGGAGAAGCUUCAGAGCAUCGAGAAGCAGCUGGAGUCCAACGAAGCAGAGAUCCGCUACUGGGAGCAAAAGUACAACGCCAGCCUGGAAGAAGAAAUCCUCAAACUGGAGCAGAAGAUCAAACGGAAUGAAGUGGAGAUAGAAGAGGAAGAGUUCUGGGAAAAUGAGCUGCAGAUCGAACAGGAGAACGAGAAGCAGCUGAUGGAGCAGCUGCAGGAGAUGAGGCAGAGGAUCCUGGAGUGCGAGAGCAAGCUCAAGGACUACGUGUCUCAGAUCCACAACAUGGAGAGUGGCCUUGAAGCAGAGAAGCUGCAGAGGGAAGUUCAAGAGUCCCAAGUGAAUGAAGAAGAGGUCAAGGAAAAGAUCGAGAAGGUGAAGGGAGAAAUUGAUAUUCAGGGCCAGCAGAGUCUGAGAUUGGAAAAUGGCAUUAAAGCAGUAGAAAGGUCUUUGGGCCAAGCUACCAAGCGAUUACAGGACAGGGAACAAGAACUGGAGCAAUUGACCAAGGAGCUGCGCCAGGUGAACCUUCAGCAGUUCAUCCAGCAAACGGGAACCAAGGUGACGGUUCUGCCGGCAGACCCCGUGGAGGUGGAGGCCCCACAUGUGGAGCUCGAGAGAGAGCCAACCUUUCAGUCUGGGUCACUGAAGCGCCCUGGCUCAUCGAGGCAACUCCCCAGUAACCUUCGGAUCCUACAGAACCCCCUGUCAUCUGGUUUUAACCCGGAGGGCAUUUAUGUAUGACAGUACAUACCUCUUCUAGAGAGGACCUAGCAAGGUACCCUGGACAAGAUACACUUUAUUUUAUUCUGCCAAUGACGAAUGGAAGAAGUUUGUCGUGCUUUGUUUUUUUGUUACACCACCGUGUUAUUUUUAUUUCUUCCUCCAACAUCACUUGGAGCCAUACCCUGUGCACUGAUGCUAAAGAGACAGGACCUGUGUCAGUUCAUAAUUGGCAAGGAUGACCUUGCUGUCAGCACAGCUUAAGCGCAAAAACCUUCAUUGUUUUUGCCACUUCAGAAGUGUUUGGGAAAGUAUUGUUCCUUGUAUAGGCAUGAAUGGAAGACUGAGGGUGAAGGAAACUGUGUAUGCAACUUACCUGAGGUUUAAUUUAUUCCCUUUGAUCAAUGGACCUGUGAAUGUUGACCUUUUAUAUUCUUAUUUUUAACUUGUGAAUUAUCACGAAUGGCUGUGUGUCAGUCUGACAAGGUGACUUUGAUUUGUGUGUACCAACAUCCCCCAUCUGAUCAAGUACAGCAACCUGCAAUGCAGAGUUCUGAGGGGUGCUGAACCAUUGCAGUGGUUUCUCACCACUACCUUUGUUCUUUUCUGUUGUGGGUCAUCAUAUGUCAUGUUCCAUCCAUUGCUACCUUUUAAGGCCUGAAAAGUGAGCUUGUGGGAUUUACUUGCUGUUGUAUCUGCCUUGAAUGAAGCACCUAGUGUUCAAAAGAUUUAUGAAUUUUAAACCUUGGCUUGGUAAAAAUAUUUCCAGCAUAUGAUUGAGGAUGCACUAGUUAGAUGAUAUUUUAUUAUAUAGAAUGUAUAUUUGAAAUAUUUUGCCACAUUGUAUAUGCCUUUUGAGAAAAGAACAGUGUAAGAAGUUGUCUUCAUAUAUCUUACCAAAAGAGAGUAGGAAGCUUUCA